CUCAAGUCAAACCAAGAGAAGUAUGGUACGUUUUAAUGAGCACUUUCGCUUGCAGCGUUUUGAAUAGCGUUUGGUUGGAAACUAGAGAAUUGCCGAUUCACUAACUUCUGUCUUUUUUCCUUCAUGGAUCGAAUAAAUUCAUUGUUUAGGUAUAACAUUGAAUUUUGCGAGCGAAGGGAGGGGUGCGAUGAUGGGAGUCUUCUCUGGUCACGGUGAGGAAGGAUCGCGUUGUGCGAAUUUCAGUCAGAGAGUAUUGCCUCAACAGCUAGCCAAGUUCGUCCGCCAAAAACGCGUCCAGGCAUACAAGAAAUCGCUGAAGUCUGCUGGCAAGACGAAUCAGGGAGCAUGGAAUCCCAAAAUGUGGCCUCUGCUUUCCGCACUCGAAUACAAGCAGUGUUGCGAACGUGCCUUCCGUGAGACAAACAAGAUGUUGCAUGAAGAUAAGAAUGUAAGUUUAGAGCACAACAGGAGGAUUUAUUCAGGUUUUUCCGUCGUUAUUUCAGCAUAGCACUCACCCCACCUAUUUACAUGUAAAGAUUGAUGACCGUUUUAGUGGGACAUCUUUGGCAAGCGUUUGCUUCCACGGAAAACACAUGUAUGUGUGCAACGUUGGUGCCUGCAAUGUCAUCUUGGGGCGUCGCUGUUCGGAUAAUUCCACUCGGUCGUACAAAAACUGUUCCGACUACAACGGGGAAGAAGAGAAGUGCGAAAUCGAAGAAUAUGCGUGCCAUUCGGACAAAGCCGAAGAAAUUCCGUGCCGUUCGGUGGGUGAACGACUCGCCGUCCCCCUGACCACCAAUCAUACAGUUUGUUCUCUGGAAGAACAAGAACGAAUAAAACUCUUCGGUGCCGAGGUGAAAGAAGUAAAUCAGACCGAAGAAGAUACCUCUUCGAUAUUUGACACGCAAGAAGGAGGCGGUUCGGGUCGCAAAUCGCUUCGUGCUUUCUUGCCUGGGAAGGCGUAUCCCAGCAGUAGGCUCACCAGAUCCAUUGGUGACUCUGCACUAGAAGAAAUCGGAAUCGUUUCCGACCCCGAUACGAUAUCGUGCAAUCUAGCCGAAACCGACGACGUCGUGGUCAUUGCCUCGAAUGCUGUGUUUGAGUUCCUUUCCAACCAGGAAGUCAUCGACCUUUGUACCGCUUCGUGCGACCCCCUGCAGGCAAGUGAAGCCGUGACAAGAGCUGCCUACAAAAAGUGGAUCGAGAAGAAAAACCGCUGUGACGAUAUUACCGUAAUUGUUUGCUUUCUCUCCAAGAACGCAACGAAGAACUCCGCAAGAUCAGAAGUCGUGAAUGUUUCAACGGAGAUGGAUGUGCCGGCAAUGGCUGAUUUUGACGAAGAAGAUGAUGUAUAACUCUUGUACACUACCUAAACUUGUAAAACC